UAAAAAAAAACCACUUUGAGAUCAGAAGUGUAGGUAGUCCAGCCCCUGCCAUCAAAGAGUUUAUGCUUUAAAUGAAAGAUAAGUAGUAAGCCAUGAAAAGUUAAAGAUUUGACUAAUGCUUCAAAGUAACAAAACAUAGAGUCUUCCUACAUCAAGCUGUUGCCAGUGGUUUUACACUCUGCAUCUUUCCAUGAAAUUCUCUCAUAUUCUUUCAUUCAGCAAAUACUUAUUCAGGGUCUCCAUGUGCCAGGCGUGAACAAGACAGCUGAGGUCCCAGCCCUGGAAGAGCUCAGGCUUACGGGGGAAGUCAGAUAAUCAACAGGAACACUUUCUUCAUAAAGCCCAGUUGACUAGUGAGAUGAUAUAAAACAUCACUUGGAAGCAUUUUUCUCUAGCCAUCUUGACAAGUGUUUCUUAAAGAUUUCUGUACUGUCUUGACAAGCACUUUACUUCUUUUUGACUUGUAGGUGAGGGAUGAUUCUUCAGUGAGCUAAAGGAAAUCCAUUUUAUAGGGUGAAAUUGCAUUUUAAAAACGCAGGUUUAAAUUUUGUCCUUCAUCUGUGGUUCAUUUUUGGUGGGAAAAAAUGUUUCAGAUCCAAAAAACAGAUAUGCUUAGGGGGUAAUAUUUGCAGCUUGUCAGCCAUUAACAUUGUCCCAUUUUUCUCAAUUUCUAAGUGAAAAUGAUAAAACAUACUCUUGGAAGUAAGGACUAACCAGAAUUUAAUCUUUUUCAGAAGCCAAGAAGAAAGCACCCUGUCCUGGACUUGGCUUGUUUUACACAUUAUUGUCUGCCUUCCUUUUCUCAGUGGGCUCUUUAUUUGUUAAAAAAGUGCAAGACAUCCAUGCUGUAGAAAUUAGUGCAUUCCGAUGUGUGUUCCAAAUGUUAGUCGUUAUCCCUUGCUUAAUAUACAGAAAAACUGGGUUUAUAGGCCCAAAAGAUCAACGAAUCUUCCUCAUUCUCAGAGGAGUCCUCGGUUCUACCGCCAUGAUCCUUUUAUACUACGCUUUCCAGACAACGUCCCUCGCUGAUGCCACAGUCAUCUCGUUUAGCUGUCCAGUGUUUACGUCUCUGUUUGCUUGCAUCUUUCUCAAGGAAAAAUACAGCCUUUGGGAUGCUCUCUUCACCGCGUUCACCAUCACGGGGGUGAUCCUCAUCGUGAGGCCGCCGUUUUUGUUUGGCUCCAACGCUGAGAGGAUAGGCGAAAGCUAUUCAGAUCACCUGAAGGGCACGAUUGCAUCAGUUGGGCAUGCCGUGUUUGCUGCCUUGACUCUAGUUAUCCUCAGAAAGAUGGGGAAAUCUGUGGACUACUUCCUGACCAUUUGGUAUUAUGUAGUGGUCGGCCUCGCCGAGUGCACCGUCAUCCUGUUUGUGUUGGGAGAGUGGAGUCUCCCCCAUUGUGGGUUGGACAGGCUUUUUCUCAUACUCAUCGGGAUGUUUGGUUUGGGGGGUCAGGUCUUUCUCACCAAAGCCGUUCAGAUAGAAAAAGCAGGGCUAGUAGCACUAGUGAAGACUAUGGAUGUGGUUUUUGCUUUUGUCUUUCAGAUUAUUUUCCUUAAUGAUGUACCAACGUGGUGGACGGUGGGUGGUGCGCUCUGCGUGGUGGCCAGUAGUACUGGAGCGGCCAUUCGUAAGUGGUGCCAGAGCUCCAAGUGAAGCAUCAGUGUGGAAAUGGGUAUUUUUUUUUACAAGUAGACCGUCACCCCGUUCACACACACUGCACGUGCACUCACCUGGAAAAUCUGCACUUACUGAUUAUAUUUAAUAAAUUUCAUAGUUUAAGUACCAUUUUUGAAUAUGGUAUGUCUUUUUUUUUCUUAGUCCUCACUGGAGGAUAUGUUCAUUGAUUUUGAUUUUGAUUUUUUUACAGAGAGAGAGGAAGGGAGAGAGAGAGAAACAUCCAUUGGGUUGCCUCCCUUACAAGCCACAAUAGGUAACGAAUCCGCAACCUAGGUAUGUGCCCUGACUGGGGAAUUGAACCUGCAAACUUUUGCUGUGCCUGAGGAUGCUCCAACCUGACUGAGCCAACCAGCCAGCGCUGAAUAUGAUUUGUCUUUAAUUACUGAGGCAUAGCCUGUCAGUUUGGUCUAGUGAUUAGUUUUGGUUUUGGUCUGUUUCCUAUUGGGGUAGCAUUGGUAAGAGGACAGCUCAUUCGUCAAAGAAACACUGCAAAAACUUUUAUGACUCUAGUAUAAAUAUAUGUACAUUUUUAAAGUGUAUUUUUGGUAAUGAUGGAAUAUAGGUCAGGAGGAAAUUUUAGAUGCUCUUUUAGCAGUGUAGAGGCUAAGAAACUUACUGCUAAUGAUGCUGCUAUGAUUAGUACUAUGUUGAAAAUUCAUUUGAAACAUAAUUCCAUUUAGGAGGCCAAAGCUGAAACCUGUAAUAAGUGCCUACUUAAUGGUGUUAAAAAUACAAAUAAAUUGGCCUUAUUUUCAAGGCUUUUAUAAAUGAUUAUCACUUUUAACCUAUAUUUGUGCCUUUUCAUUUUAAUGCUGGAAUUUUUAUAUGUAAACUUUUUGAAAAGUCUUUAAAUCACCAAAUUUGACUAAUAGUUUCUCUUUCAGUGGCAUUAUCAACUAUAACUAUCAUUCAAUAAUUUUAAUUGUCUUCUGGUUUUGGGGAGUUUUUUUGAAACCGCACUAAGUUUUUUUAAAUCACAAGAGAGAAAUCUUGGCAUGGCCAAUGUGCACAUUUCCAUCCUAAAGUGUUUUCCCCUCACUAAAAAUGUGAUUUUCUAUAAAUUCCCUUUGAAUUUAUAGUGUGAUGCCAAAUAAAAUUUUCUCAGGAUUUUAUUAGAUAGAACCAUUUGAAAUUAUCGAGAUUUUACCUUUUUAACUUACAAAAACCAUAGUUUCUUAUGGUUCACCCUAAUAGAUACCUCCCUUACCCUCUAAGCCAAAUACUUAGAGGACUUUGGAAUAUAUAUUUUUAAAACAACUUUUUAAAGUACAGUAGUUCUAUUAAACUUAUUUUUAUAGUCUUUUUGCCUUAUGGAAUUAUAUAUAUAAUAAUACUUUAUAUUAUAUGUUAAAUGUAAAAACCUGUGAAUUCCAUGGUUGGUUGAAUUUUGUAGUUUCUUGAUUAGAAAAAACAAUCACUGUUAAAUUCUCGUAUAUUGGUAUAAUAUUAAAUGUCAAUGCUGCAUCAUGAUAUUAACAUCAUGAAUUCAAAUGACAAAUUUUAUAUCUGGAACUUCAUCAGGCCAAUACUCUGCUAUUAAAGAGAGAAUUUAAUAUUUAGGAAAGCUUGGGAAUUUAUUCAGGAAGUGGGGAAUACAUGCAACUAAUUUUUUCACAAUGAACCCUUUAUUGCUGAAGCUAUAAUGGUUCGAAGUUCUUUGUCAGACCUAGCACCUAUUAUUUUAAGUCUGCAGUUAGAAAAAUUAUAGGUUCUUUCCCGCUCUUUCAUCACAGUUCUUCCAAAGUAAGAAGCAACUUGGCUUCUGAGGUUUAUGCCUUAGUAAGAAAGGAUCUUCUCCCAAUAGUUCCAAGAGGGAAUUUUUAGCUUACUGAUCAUUCCAAAAGCUCCCCACCUGACAAAUCCUAAAUGAAAUCUAUUUAGGGGAGUCACACUAUCACAACUUUAGCCUAAUUCACAAUAUUGGAGUUUAGACUUAUAAAAGCAUCAUUUUGAAAGUAUCUUAAAUAAUUAUAGAAUCAGAGCAUUUUAGAGCUCAAGGGUUAGAAAUCCUCUUGUAGGAACCACACUACAUAGAUAGGGAUGCUAGGGAGGGGACCUGCCCGAGAUGGGUUUCCAUGGCCUUCUCCCCCCCACCCCCUUAGUUCCAUGAUAAAGUAUGGAAAGUAAACCACUGCUUGACCUGCCUAAGGUAAAUUAACUCUCAGGGGGGAACCCUCUCCUGGUUCUUGAUCUUGCACAAUAAAAGAACCUAUGGGGCCUUAAAAGUUAAAUCCUUUUGGUCUUGGAAACUAGAAGCAUUUUAUUUCUACAGUGUAGUUUAAGUACUUGAACGUCACAAUAUAUGACCAAGGUUAGAGAAAAUGUUUCUUCUCCCAACUUUUAUAGGGUGUGAUUCUUAAACACUUUUAUAAUGUCCAAGGUACAUACAAGGAUAUGUAUUGUAACAAUUAUGGGCUUGUAUUUUUUGCAAAGAUUGUAGUUUCUCUAUCUUGAAAAGGGAAAUAUUUUCAUAAAUUGUUUUUAUUUUAUAAGUACUAAUAAAAUAAUAUAAAAGAAAGCUAUAUUUUGGUUUUUAUGAUGAUAGCAAAUGUGUUAGCUAAUAUAACUUCCUUUUUUAUCCAUGUGCUUCAAAAUUCAUUUUGUAAAGGGAGAUCGACCUCUAGCCACUCAGCCGUGAUGUACUCUCAAGUUUCAAACUGGCCCUUGGAUACUGUCACAUUAGAUCCAGUAUCUCUAAAAUAAAGGCUUUAAUCUUCUCCUCCAGUGAUGGCUUCAUUGUUCUAGACCCCCGGAGCUUGGAGCAGCUUUGAACUCUGUACUUUUGUUCCCAUAGCUAAUUUGUUACUAAACUGUGGAAUGUCUGUCUUAA